AUGGUCAUGGUAUCUGACCGUCAGAAGGGACUCAUUGCCGCUGCUGCUUCAAAGCUACCCUUGGUGACUCAUGGUUUCUGUGCAAGACACAUUAAGAACAACCUAUCCAAGCAUGGUCUACCAGAGAAGGAUUGGCCCUUAUUUGAUCGCUUUAUCCAUGCUAAAACAGAGACAGCAUACCAACAACGGCUUCAAGAACUAUACCAAACCCACCCAACGGCUGCUCAAUAUAUCGAACACCGUCUGGAUCCUGCUCAUUACUCUGAUUAUGCGUUCCCUCACGCUCAAUAUGGUCUAACGACCUCCAACGCUGCCGAGCAGGUCAACGCUUGGAUCCUCACCCAACGAUCAAGCAACAUCGUCACCCUUUACAAUCAUAUAUGGUGUCUCAUGUCUGAUCACUUCAUCACGCGAUCAGAGGACGCUCAUCAACGGGAGGAACACUUCAUCGCCAUUGCCACUGAGAAACUAGAAUCAGCCAUGUUUGACCGCGAUGGCUACGACGUACGAUCUACCAGGGGUCGACACAACAACCAGAUCAUCAUUGGAAGGGUACAACCCACUAGCGGCUCGGUGGAUGACUGUCAGAGGAUGAAGGAAAGGAUCGAUAGCAUGUUCUUGGUACCUGAUUUCUACACCACAUCAACAUGGCGACAAUGCUACUCCAUGCCGUUUCCUCUGUUUACUACCAACAACCUUGAAGAACUAUCAGUUGUACCACCCCUUGUCAAGAAGGGGAGAGGGAGACAGAAGAAGAAGAGAGGUAUGAGAGGGAUAAAACCGACCACGGCUUCACAGCUUCGAGGAACCUUUGGUACCAAUGAUGAUUUACAUAUGGCGGAUGGUUCUCAAGUACCCAAUUCUCAAGUACCAAGCUUGAAAGACGCUUGGGAUACUAUGGCAUCUAUCCUGGUUGGAUCUACAACUGCGAUCGAUCGUUAG